GACAAGGAGAAGAGUCAGUGUAUAAAAACACCUUUGAAGACUUCAAACGGGGUGCUGGUGGUAUACUUUGUGUACGCUGUGUUGCUGCUUUGCAGACGGACCAUGCUGGUUGGAUCGCUCUCCUGGGGAAGAGAGAAAGAGACAAUCAGCUGACGAAGGAAUAUUGUGGAGUUUCAGUGAGAAAGAGUGGACACAGAGCCAUCAAGAGCGCAGUGAACCGAGGUUAUUGGAAACAAAGCGUGAGUAAACGUGGUGGUACUUAUCUGUACAUAACUUGUAUGAAGAGUUGUCCUGGUGUGUGCUUUUUGUGUUUCUUGAGGUCCCUGGCCCCACUGGAGAGGAAAGCGUGGGUGAGCCGCGGGUUGACCGGAAGCACGGACGACGCACCGUUUACCAGUAAGUCAGUGGCCCUGUGGGAAAAAGGAAGUGCAGGUGAGCCAGGGGAGUGAUAACCAACACGCCGGGCCUGUGAACAUCACAUAUCUCUCCCUCAAUUGUGAUCCAGUUGUUACCCAACCAUCCUCUCGAGGUCGUCGUAGUCAGCGUUCAAACUGCCGAGCCUCCGACGAGUCACGAGAGGACGACAUCCGUUGUGGCCUGAGUCCUACAGAGAGAGAGAGAAAACCAAGCCCUGUGCCCGGGGUGUGACAACGAGAGCUUCGUUUGUACACAGAACAGACAGUGGUAAAACACAGUGAGUAGUAUCAAGUGUGUACCGUGCGGAUUGUGGGUCGUAACGGUGUGUGUACUGACCUCUUCAACAGAAGCUUGUGGUGAACGGAGCCUCGACGAAAGUUCGCCCCAGCUCGUGACCCCGGUCGUGGAAGAAGGAGGGGGAGUUUGGGAAGCGUUCGGCUCCGGUCAUCGGACUCACUAGUCCCUACGACGCCCGGACAGCCACACUGGAGGGGCGAAGGAAUACGGUACACUGACACUGUAGCAAAAUCCACUGUAUGUAGCAACUAUCUACCUGAAACCAGUGAAGCUUUGUGUGGGAACGAGGAUCCCCCGGCACUGUGAGUAACGCAACCUGUGAAAUAAACCUGUUCUGUGUUUAUAGCAACUACCUACCUGAAACCAGUGAAGCUUUGUGUGGGAACGAGGAUCCCCCGGCACUGUGAGUAACGCAACCUGUGAAAUAAACCUGUUCUGUGCUUAUAGCAACUACCUACCUGAAACCAGUGAAGCUUUGUGUGGGAACGAGGAUCCCCCGGCACUGUGAGCAACGCAACCUGUGAAAUAAACCUGUUCUGUGCUUAUAGCAACUACCUACCUGAAACCAGUGAAGCUUUGUGUGGGAACGAGGAUCCCCCGGCACUGUGAGUAACGCAACCUGUGAAAUAAACCUGUUCUGUGCUUAUAGCAACUACCUACCUGAAACCAGUGAAGCUUUGUGUGGGAACGAGGAUCCCCCGGCACUGUGAGCAGUGCAACCUGUGAAAUAGACCUGUUCUGUGCUUAUAGCAACUACCUAACUGAAACUAGUGAAGCUUUGUGUGGGAACGAGGAUCCCCCGGCACUCCACUACCUACCUGAAACCAGUGAAGCUUUGUGUGGGAACGAGGAUCCCCCGGCACUGUGAGCAACGCAACCUGUGAAAUAAACCUGUUCUGUGCUUAUAGCAACUACCUACCUGAAACCAGUGAAGCUUUGUGUGGGAACGAGGAUCCCCCGGCACUCCACUACCUACCUGAAACCAGUGAAGCUUUGUGUGGGAACGAGGAUCCCCCGGCACUGUGAGUAACGCAACCUGUGAAAUAACCCUGUUCUGUGCUCGUAGCGACUACCUACCUGCACCAGUGAAGCUUUGUGUGGGAACGAGGAUCCCCCGGCAUUGUGAGUAACGCCACCUGUGAACUAAACCUGUACUGUGCUUAUAGCAACUAUCUACCUGAACCAGUGAAGCUCUGUGUGGGAACGAGGAUCCCCCGGCACUGUGAGUAACGCAACCUGUGGGAUAAACCUGUGCUGUGCUUAGAGCAACUACCGACCUGCAUCAGUGAAGCUCUGUGUGGGAACGAGGAUCCCCCAGUACUGUGAGUAGCAAAGGAAUACUUACCCUGGUCUGACUGUGUUUGAUUCUGCCUCCAGGAGAAGCGGAGCGCGCCACGGAUCGCUGGGCCAGAGCCCCGGUCCCCAGUCUUUUCCCCAAGUGGCCCUGGAGGCAAAGAAGAGCCACAUUAGUUUUAAAUUUCCCUUUUUCCCUUCCCCCUUUUUCCUUUUUAAAUAUUUAAUAAAGUUUGUUUUAAUUAUAGUAUACUCGUCUGUCUGGUCAUUGGGGUGGUCUUGGGAAACUCCUCGAGGUGGAAGAGUUAAGAGGGGUGCGACCCUUUAGUCUAUUCGGGUCCGCCCCGGGGUGUGACAGAUUUUGGCGUAGUCGGCAGGAUUCCACCUCGAGUUGAGCGACCAAGGCCUUCCAAUGGCCGACGACGAGAGGCCAGAAACCCCACCCCGUGUUGUGCCUGAAAGGCCGGAAACACCACCCCGUGUCAUGCCCGUGUUCCUGGGAAACCCCUGGGUGCAGAAGUAUACUGGGGUCGAGUCCGAGGUUCAUUUAACUGAGUGGAGGGCCCAGAUUGAGUAUUUGGCCGGCCUUCAGGGGCUGAGCGCCAGUCAACAACAGCAAUUCGUAUUAAACUCACUAGGAGGAGAAGCCCGGCGAGAAGUACAAGCUGCCCCCGAAGCCGUUCGAGCCACCGCCCAGACCAUAUUCCACUUCCUCACCGAGCAGUAUGGUGAUACCACCCCUGUGGCCGUCCUGAGGUCGCAGUUCUUUAAUUGCAAGCAGGGCCCACACCAGUCUGUUCGAGCCUUUGCCCUGAAGCUGCGCGAGCAGUAUACGCGCCUACAGCGACGACGAGAUCAUGGGUUGGGAGAUGAGGAGACCCUGCUAAGGGACCAGUUCCUGUUAGGGCUACGGGAGGGCCCCCUACGUCAAAGCCUCCGAGUACAGUUUAGAAGAGACCCUGAACUUACGUUUGAUGAUCUGAAGAGGGAGGCUAUGGCCUUGGAAGGUGACCAUGCAGAAGUAAAGGAGGCCCCCGUAUGUGCAGCAGUGAGUGGCCCGGCGGCAGCCUCGGAGGUAUCAGACUGGAAACAAACAUUGAAGGUGGAGCUCCUAAAAGACGUGCGAGAUCAGAUGGCCGAGCUAACUAAGGCCCUGGUAGGGGAACUGCGCCUAGGGCCGGGAAGGAAAGACGAGGGGCCCGCCCCCCGAGAACGGACGUGCUCUGAUCGGGGCCGAGAUGGGAUGAGGCGGCCCUGGCAGGCGAGUCGGCCCAGGUUCGAGUGGGACGAGCAAGGGAGGCCCAUUUGCAAUCGGUGUGGGACCGCCGGGCAUGUGAGUAGGCAGUGCGGACCACGAAGAGCCUCCGAGGGGGGUUUUUAG